AUGUACGCUAAAAUGGCUACAAAGUUAGCGAACAACGUUAAAGGGCUGAAUUUCGCGACUCCCACGGCCAUUCAAAUGCAGGUGGUGCCGCUGAUGCUUCAGAGACGAGAGGUGAUGGCAUGCGCACCCACCGGUUCAGGAAAAACGUUGGCUUUCGUUGUUCCCGUCCUGCAUGACCUGUUGCAAGGAGUUGCGGCGAAACCAGAUGAUCGAAAGACUCGCGUGUUGGUCGUAGAACCAACAAGAGAGCUUGCUCGACAGACGUACUCAUCACCACCCCCAGCCGACUGA